AUGUCAUAUUUAUCGAUAUGCAAGAUUGAAUAAUUGGUCGAAAAGUAUAUCAUAGUCCAAUCAUCCUUAGAAGAUCUGAUGUAGAACUGUCAUCGAAUUAUUUCUGAUCAUCACAUAUAAAUGUUGAUGCCCCUUAAUGCUUAUUAUGAAUCUAAAUCACUAAUUUAGGAAUUGAUGAAAUCUUUUUACCUAUUGUUGCCAGAACAAGACUUCAUUAUUGAAGAUACAGAACCUAAAAUUCCUAUUAAAGAUAAUCUCGUGAGUGCUAUUAAAGUUGAAGUUCUUCCUGAGCCUUAGUAAUAAUUUAUAACAUCUGUUACAAAAUUUAGAAAUCUUUCACAUAAAUCCUCUAUGAAAUCUUCAGUAAAAUCAUUGAGGAAAUCCUCAAUUAAUAAAUAAGAUCGUUAACAGCAAACCUAAUAAGGUUCACUUCAUAUUACAUUUUCACCGAUUCCCCUAUAAAAUGAAUAAUAAGAUGAGGAUGAGGAUAGAUUUUAUAGAGGUGUAUAUGAAAUGAAAAAAAAAUAAUAAGAACAAAUAAGAAUGUAAUAUAAAAUUUAUACUUUUUGUUAGCAAUAAGCAUGUAUCUGAGUAACAGAAAGUGUAACUUUAGUAAUAAUUGCUAGAAUUAAAAAGAAAAUGCAAAAAUGGAGUUUUGACAUUUGAUAAUGAUGGAUCUGUAAUUUUGACAAAGUAAAAAGUAUUAAGUAAUGAACUUCAAGUUCAUCCAGACACCAGAAUAUUUGCUUUGAAUUUAAAAAAUCAAGGCUAAAAAUUAAAUCUCCAAACCUAAGUAACAAAUAUAGUUAAUUCUUCAAUUCAAAGAAAAUAACGGUUGGCAAAAAUAGUCAAUAAUACCAAAAGUGAAAUUCGUAUGGAGACAGAGCCUAUAAGGGUUAGUAAAUCUUUUAACAGAAUAAAUAAUUAAGAUUUGAGGUCUAAGUCUUUUUUAAAAUAAUUACUUAAUGAUCAAAGUUUGAAAUUGACAAAAAAAGAUUUCUCUUAACUGGUUGGUUUGUAAAAUAAUAUUGGAGAUGUCUUACAUUAAAAAAUAUUAAGAUUGACUUAAGUAGAAUAAAAAAGAGCCCAAUAUAUUUAAUAAUAGCAUUCAAGAAGUAUCACCCCUUUAAUAAAUGAAGAAUAUAAAGAAGAUGAAAAACCAAUCAUUUUAAGUAACAAAAAAUAAGGGAAAAUAAAACUAAAUGAUUUAAGACUUAUGGAUUCAAUAUCAAAUGAUACUCCAGAAAUUUAUUUUCAAAAUAUUAAUGAAAGUUACAAUACAAAACAAAAUCACAAUUCAAAAUAAAUUAAAUAAGAUCUUCCUUUUCUCUAAAUGAAAAUAAAAUAAUCAAAAUAUGCAAUUUUAAAGGAAAAAACAUUAUAAAAAAUAAAUCCAAGUGUUAAGCUUCGGUCCUACACAACUCACGAAUGA